AUGGAUGUAGUGAUUUCAGCUGAUGAAUUUAUGAGUGUUAGGAAUGGGAAUCAAAAUACUUACAAGAAACUAUGUUAAUCAUUCUUGAAAGUGAAAGAUCCGAUGGUUCAGUUGAAAGUGGGUUUGUGCAUUCUAAAAUCACCACCUGAGGAAAGAAUGGAUUUCGAGUUGGCAGUUUUGGAAUAGGCAACUAAGGAUUUAGAUUUUUUCAAGAGUUUGCGUGAUUAGAAGCUCCAUUAGAAGUGUUGUAAAAUGAUGAAUUAUAGACAUUAUAUGAAGAAUGACAUCGUAUUUAAGGAAGGUGAUUCAUCGAAUGAGUUCUUUAUAAUAAUAGAUGGGAGUGUUAAUGUGUAUGUGCGUAAGAAGUAGGAUAGAAUUUAAACAGAACUUGAUCACGAACAAUAGUAAUUAAAGGUUCUCUCAGAUGAGGAAAUUGAACGCCAUCCUAGUACCAUAGUAAGAUUCUAUUAGCCUCCAAGAUUGCUUACAAGAAGGAUGACCAUAAAUUUGAGAGAAGAUGAUUUCGAACAGAUAUCGAAAUCAUACAAACCUAAAACUUUUAUUCAAACUGACAGAUAGGAUGUUAAACAUAAAGAUGUUGAAGUUAUCAAAAGGUUAACUCAUGGACUUGAGAAAUUGCAGGAUAAGGAAUUUCUGUUUAAUGGAGGUGUUUUCUUACAUGACUUUGUGGCUCGUAUCAAUGAGGGAUAGAUGUUCGGAGAGAGAGGAUUACUGAUAGAAUCUACAAGAACUGGUACUGUGAUUGCCAACACAUCUUUGCAUGUGGCCGUUUUAACUAGAAAAGAUUAUAAAGUCCUAUUGGAAGAUACUUAAUUGGAAAAAAUAAGAAAGAAGACCAAAUUAUUGAGCAACUCUAUUUUGAAAAAUCUCACAUACAAGGAGGCUAUCGAGACUCAAUACAAAUUUGAAAAGAUCCAUUUUCCACUUGGCCAUUAUAUAUAUAAAAUAGGAGAUAGUCCACAACAAUUAAUAGUAAUCAAAAAAGGCACAGUGAGAUUGUUUAAGAAAGAGAAUAACAGAUUAUUUCCCUUGUGUGAAUUAGGUCAAGAUCAAUAUUUUGGAGAGUUGGAAUAUUUCGAAUAAAGUGAUCGUAUCCAUACAGCCUAAGUAACAUCUCAGCAUUUCUCUGCAUAUUCCAUCACUUACAAAGAUUUAGCCAAGUUGUUGACAUCUUAUCCUUAAUGCGAAAAACAAUUGAAACGAAAUUAUGAAUUGAGACAUAAAAUAAAUGAUGAAAGAAUGAGCAAGACAAUCAAGACGCAUAAGAGACUCAAUUAUUCUGAAUAAUUCAUCCAGAAACCAUCAAAUCUCUCUCAACCUAUCUUUGAGAUCAAAUCAUAAUUUAAUUGUGUGUAGUAAACAUUGGAAUCUUAAAAGAGCCACUUGAUUAAUUAAGCUAAAAAGUAGAUUUGCCAAAUGGAAUUCAUUAAGAAUACAUCACAACAAUUGAAGUAAAUAAGAAGAAUCUAGAGGAAGGAAUAAAAGAAAGAUCAGUAAGAACAUGAGAGGAGUCUUGCAGAUACAUUAAAUCACUUAGAAGUUUAGUCAUCUUUAAUCAGAAGAGAAUUCAGACGGAGAGAGUAGAGACGAUUCAGCAGUCUCUUGUUGGACAAGGAUUCAAAUUACAAUGCCUCGUAAUUCAAUAGUAAUCAGAACUCCAAAACCUUCAAUAAGAAUUAGAAUUACGAAAGAUAAAGUAGUCUGUCAUAAUAAUUCAAAUUUCCCAACUUUAUAGACUUCAAUUCAAAACUAUAGUCAUAUGAGAUUGUAGAGGAUAAACAAAAGGAUUUGCUCAGUCCUCAGAAGGAAUUUCUCUCUCCCAUGAGUCAAGGUGUUAUGAUUUCGUCGAAACACAAUCUGUUUAGGAAUAAACCUAAUAGACUUUGCUUGAUGAACAAUUAUGAAAAACGACAGCCAAAAUCUCACAGUACUGAAUUAUCUAUAAAAACUUUUUUUAAUUGA